ACGAAUAUCCCCAAUAAAAGCCGUCAUCUUUCUUUUAUUCAUUAGACAAAUUUGUUGCAAUCAGUGUGUGAAAUGGCGGACGGAAAAACGAUUCAAAUUUUUAUUAAGACACCAAAGGACAAGAAAUCCAUUCAGAUAGGAGAAGAUGCUGAAAUUAAGGAGCUUCGCGCCACCGUUGCGGAACAGUUCGAGUCGGAUGCGGAUCUGGUUUGUCUGAUUUUCGCUGGCAAAAUUAUGAAGGACACGGACACGCUAAAGACCCACAACAUAAAAGAAGGAAUGACGGUUCAUCUGGUUAUUAAGGCUGCGCCCAGGUCUGAGCCAGAAGGACCUCGCCGUCCUCCAGCGGAUAUAUCUCAGACUCCGUUUGGGUUGAACCAGCUUGGAGGAUUGAGCGCUCUCGGGGCUCUUGGUGGCAAUCAGACCAAUUUUAUGGAUUUGCAGUCAAGAAUGCAGCAUGAACUGCUGGGAAAUCCUGACCUGAUGAGAACCGUUUUGGACAAUCCGCUUGUGCAGCAGAUGAUGAAUAACCCAGAAACCAUGAGACAAAUUGUCACAUCGAAUCCACAGAUGCAGGAUCUCAUGCAACGCAAUCCGGAGAUUUCACACAUGCUGAAUAAUCCGGAACUUUUACGUCAGACCAUGGAACUGGCUCGUAAUCCCUCUAUGCUGCAGGAAUUAAUGAGGUCGCAUGACCGUGCCAUGUCUAAUCUUGAAAGCGUUCCGGGUGGCUACAGCGCACUGCAAAGAAUUUAUAGAGACAUCCAGGAGCCAAUGCUGAACGCUACUUCAAGAAAUCCAUACUCAGGAACAUCUGAUUCAGGAACUUCUGAAAAUCCACAACAAGGAACGGAGAAUCGGAAUCCGCUCCCCAACCCGUGGGGUGGUUCUAACCAAGGUGAAAACCCAUCAACGGACAAUCCGCCUCCAAACAUAUUGAAUACACCGACAAUGCAAAGCUUGUUACAACAGAUGGGUGAUAAUCCUUCGCUGAUGUCCAACUUGAUGAGUGCCCCAUACACUCGCAACAUGCUGGAAGCGCUGGCUGCCGAUCCCAAUAUGGCAGCAAAUCUGAUGACCCAAAAUCCGCUCUUGGCAAAUAGUCCCGGUAUGCAGGAGCAAAUGCGUACGAUGAUGCCGCAGUUUUUGCAGCAACUUCAAAAUCCGGAGGUCCAGCAGAUGAUGUCCAAUCCGCAGGCCAUUAAUGCGAUCAUGCAAAUCCAGCAAGGUAUGGAACAGCUGCGCAACGUGGCUCCAGGGCUUGUCAAUACUAUGGGCAUUCCACCGCCGCCUCCGGGGGCACCGACAACUACCGCUUCUGGAAAUACUAGUGCGACCACGACUGCGCCAGUCCAGUCGAAUCCGGCUUUAUUCUCUGAUUUCAUGUCACGCAUGGUUAACGGAAUGGCCACCGGGAAUAACCCCAACGUCCCUCCCGAAGAACGCUAUCGCUCGCAGCUCGAGCAGCUCGCCUCGAUGGGAUUCGUUAACCGAGAGGCCAAUCUUCAAGCUUUGAUCGCAUCGUUUGGCGACAUCAAUGGUGCAGUAGAAAGGCUUCUAGCACUUGGACAGCUGUCCCUAAGUUAACGCACUCGCUGGAGUCGAUUUUCAAGUACAUUUCUAUCUUAAACAAUUUUCCUGUUCGGACUUAAGAAAGCUAAAAUAGAGAAUAAAUUGAAAGCUGAGGGGUUAAUUUAACUUUAAAUUGACCAGAAAAAGUCAGUUGUAUAACCUACUUCAGAUUCCAUUAUCACGUUAAAUCGUCUUGCGCCGGGAACAUAAGUUUUACAUAAUGUUUGGUUUGGUGAUGCGAAUCUUUCCUGUGUUUCAGAUUUUUUAUUGUUUUACCAUAUUGGCUUUCGCUUUGAAAUUUCUUCAAAAUUUACAAUUUAGAACUCGUUGCACAUUUCCUUUAUAAAAGUAUUCGCAGCUUUGAACCAAGCAUCUAUAGUGUAUGAAUGACGGUAGAUUAUUUACUAAGUUUUUUUUUUAAUUGGUCAUUGAGUAACUGUGUGUUAGUAAUUUAUGGAGUGUACAGUGACUAAUUUUUUUAAGCUCCAUCUAAACAGUUUCUGGAUAUCCUCUUCAGUUCGAAAAAGUUUUUCCUUGAUGGUCCCUUGGUUUCAAAAAUAUCUUCCAUUUGCCAAUAUUUUCUCUUUCUCAUGGCUUGCAUGCCUUUUUUUUUGCAAGACGGGUAUUUGAAGGGAGGAGGGGGGUUGACUAUUGUUUAUUGGACGUUGUACUGGUUCUCUUCCGUAGCUGGGUAUUUGGCAAGCUUUCUUUUAUUACGCAAUAAAAUAACGUUCCCUUAGGAGAAAAACCAUUUUCAAUCAUGUCCUCUUCUGCAUGGUUCUGUUCUCUUUUCGAUUAAAUUUACUCUCGACAGUAACAGGCAAAGAGAAGAGUGCCGAAGCGGUUGAGGUUUAGGAUACCGUGAAGACCGUGUGUCAAAAAGUAUUAAGUGUGAAAUUUUUUUUAUAUCAAUAUUUACCUAUUGUUAAAAUGAAAAAAAAAAAGGACAGCGGCUUUUUUGUUUAUCACCCUAGUGUGCACAAACUGAUGUAACAUACGUAUGAACUGAGUUAUGGCUAAUUUUUUACAAGAAUCCAGAUGGGAUGUUUGUGUGAUAGAGUUUUUCUUUUUGUUGGAAUCAUAAAGAUUAAUUACAAACAAAUCCAGCCAAAAAAUGUUAAUGAGCCAAUAUGAAUUUGUAAUCACACAGUCUAUAUCAGUGAAUGCUUACAUUAAAAAUGAGCAGGAUUGACUGCUUGUUUACAAAUCUACUUUGGCCCAUUAACAUUGUUUUGCUUGAGGAAACAUAACCAAUUCACGUUUUUAAAAGUUUCUUUUCUGAUUAGGUUUGGUAAUUUUGCACAUUAACUUGUGUUUUAAUGUGGUUUGUUCGGUCAAAUAGCAGAACCAAUCUGGCGUUUUUUUUUUAAUUUAAACAGAUGUCAAUAUAUCUCGUUUGAUGAAAAUGUAUUUUGUAUCGAUUACUAAUUAGGGAUUGGAGUGAUAAAAAUAAGAUAGUAAAAAUACUAUAUUUCACCGAAUGUUACGUGCAACGUAAUUGACACGAAAAUGUCUAGAAUUAUCCCAUAACGGUAAUGCUGUAGAUGCACAUCGUGGCAAAUAAGAUCAGAUUUAUUCUCAUUGUUCCCUUCAACUAUUUAAGGUGUAAUAAAGUAAUGGUAAAAAUAAG